AUGGCAAGGACAAAACAUACACAACGCGUUGUGGGAGAGGCUUCACGACCACCUCAUCCUCCCCGAGACCGUUCGCGAACUCAUGCUUCCGCUCGCCGAGAUCGUCAAGGGACUCAGGGUGUGGGAGAAGUUGAGGAGGGUGUGCUGGUUAAUGCACGACAUUGGGGUGCUGAGGAUGGUGAUGGUCUGCAGAAUGAGAAUGACAAUGACAAUGAUUAUGAGAAUGAGAAUGAGAAUGAUGAUGAUAAUGAGAAUGAUAAUGAGAAUGAGGUUGAGAUGGGUUCUGAAGAUGGUGAUGAGGAUGGUAAUAGUGAGCAGGAUGGAGAGUCUGAGGAUGGUGAUGAAACAGAUGGUGUUUGGUAUCCCGGAGGUCCCUAUGACCUCUCUCUUUUGCCUAAGUUUGGGCAGCAUAUAGCGCAUGACGUCUGGAAGUCAUAUGUGCGAUCUGACUUCAAAUGUAGGGCCCCAUUGAAGAUUCAUCAUCAUGGAAAACACUUCUUUCCUGUAAAAUUCUUCUCUGACAAUGUGAAGACACUUGUGGCAGCUGCAGGGUUGGGACACCUUCCGUAUAGCUGUAACGGCGGCUCAGUUGACCUUAGCAUUGUGACCGCCUUUGUUGAGCGAUGGAUGCCAGAGACGUCCUCAUUUCAUAUGCCGUGGGGCGAGAUGACGAUCACUCUAGAUGACGUCUCAGCUCUAUUGCACAUCCCUGUGGUAGGGUCCUUUUUCUCAUUGGGCAAGCCGACUAAGGAAGAGGCUGCCCCUGUGGUUGUUGAUUUGCUGGGGGUGACAAUUGAGGAGGUGCAGGAUGAGUUUCGGAGGUGUAGAGGUCCUAGUCUUCAUUAUGCUUGGCUUCUAGCUCUUGUGAAAAACCGUGUGAAGGAAUUGAAAUGGACAGAAGCAGCCCGAGCUUACUUGUUACGCUUGGUUGGCAUGACUCUCUUUUGUGAUAAGAGUAACACGUCUGUCAGUGUUGCCUAUCUUGAGCUUUUCAGGGAUAUUAGCUUGGCUGGUCAGUAUGCAUGGGGUGCGACGGCGUUGGCAUAUUUGUAUGGUCAGUUAGGGGAGGCUUGCAAAAAGACUGGGAGGACAGUUGCUGGGUAUUUGACUUUGCUACAGGCGUGGGUAUAUGCACGUUUUCCUGGGUCGCUGUUUGAGAGAAAGGAGUUCCCUCAAUACAAAGCGGGUAUGCCUGUGGCUAGGAGGUGGUUGGCAUUCAGGGGGACAAAGAAAGUGGACCAGAAGAGACUUAAUCUCGAUAACUUUCCUGCUGGUGGAGUGAUAUGGAGGCCUUAUAUGGACCACUAUGUUCAUCGUUCAUUUGAACAUGUCUCACUGUAUAGUGGAUUCAUCAGGUUCAACGGCUCAGUUUAUCCAUACCUACCUGAGCGUGUAUCCAGGCAGUUUGGGAUUGUGCAGUCCAAGCCUCGAGCUCCUCCAUCAAAAGUUUCAUGCGAGGAUUGUGAUGCUAUGUGGAUGGAUUGGCGGAACCAUACUAUUAGAGGACGCUAUGUUGAUUACCCGCACGAGUGUGAUACUGAGUACAAUGACUGGUACAAACAACACUCACAUCCUUUCAUGAUUCCUGAGGAGCUGAGAGUUGACCGUUGGUCAUUUCUUGAGGGUCAGUUUGCUUUGCUGUCGACAUACUCUACUGUUGCUGUUGAUCCAGAGACUGUUGGGGCACCCACAGAGGGCACAACCAUGUGGGAUGUAGUUCAUACUAUGCAUUCCAUUAUUCAGAAGACAUUGGAGGGACCGGAGGAGCCAAAGCAACGUAGAAAGAAGAGGAGUGCUAGCGGGGUUGGGACUUCAGCUGAUUAUGAGUGA